AUGGGCGCCGAGACGGUGCGGGCGUUGUCUGGCGCCGACGACAUGGCUCUGGUGGGUGCGACCUGCAAUACGCCACGGGGCGAAACGCUGCCCACCCCGGGUGGCGGCGUUCCGUUGUCAACCGACCUGGCCAGCAUGCUGGACGCCACCAGGCCGGACGUGAUGGUCGAGUUCACCCACGCCGCGGCCUGCAUGGAAGCAGCGCCGCUGGCGGCGGCCCGGGGUAUCCACAUGGUGCUGGGAGCCAGCGGCCUGAACGCUGAGCAGCUGCAGUCGCUGGAUACGAUGAGUCGCGAGCACGGCAUCGGGGUUAUCGUGGCCCCGAAUUUUGCCCUGGGAGCGGUGGUGUUGAAGAAGCUGGCCGAACAGGCCGCCGCCUUUUUCGAUUACGUGGACGUGGUGGAGGCCCACCAUGAGAUGAAGAUAGACGCUCCCUCGGGGUUUUCGCUCGCCAUCGCCCGGGGUAUGCGGGAAGAGAGGGGCCGGGACUUUGAGCGCAAUCAAACCGAGAUUCACCACCUGGACGAAACCCGAGGCGGCGACAUCGGCGGCGUGGGUAUCCAUAGUAUGCGAUUGCCCGGCCGCAGCGCCCACCACGAGGUGGUAUUUGGGGCGGGCGGCCAGACCCUGAGCAUCCGCCACGACACGCUGGGCCGCGACUGCUACAUGCCGGGUGUGUUGCGCUGCGUGCGCGAGGUCGGUAAUCGUCCCGGCCUUACCGUCGGUCUGGAAACCGUGCUGGGGCUGUGA